CAUUGCUGAGGCCUUAUCUUAGCAACUGCAGGCUGUUCAGCAAAUGCCCUUGUGUUCUGCGCGUAUAGGCAAUAUGAGUAUUCGGCCAUGAAGUAUAUAGUGACGCGACUCGACGACGUUGAUGGUCGGGUUCUCUCUUGACCACAGCCGGCUUCCGUACGCCAAAGACAUAUAUUUCUGCAGAGCUAUUCCUAGCACAAGCCGCCGCGAUGGAGUUUGACUUGAAAGGAGAAGACACAAAGACCGCAGUCGUUGACACCGAGGUCGGCAUUGACGUUCGAUCUGAUCAGGCCAGCUCAGUCAUCUACAUUGAUCCUGAGAAGGAAGCAGCCGCUCGAAGAAAAUUCGACAAAUACCUUGUACCAGUUUCUCUAAUCUUCAUUGUUCUGUCCGCCCUGGACCGAAACAAUAUCGGCAAUGCUGUAGUCUUCGGCUUCGACAAAGACUUGGGCCUUGUGGGCAACCAGUUUAAUAACAUCCAAACUCUAUCCAGCUUUUGCAGUUUUGCCGGCGAGCUCCCUUGGACCCUGGUUGUUAGACGCUUUGGUGCUCGGAAGGCACUCGGCACUGCAUUCCUCUUGUGGAGUAUCUGCACUCUUGGAACCGCCUUUAUCCACACCUAUGGUCAAGCCAUCGCCGUCCGUAUGAUUCUCUGCGCCUGUGAAGGCGGUCUGUCUCCCGGAUUCGCCUUUGUCUACUCGACCAUCUACCCCCAAGAACAAGCAGGAAAGCGUAUUAUGACGACCAACCUCGCCCAGUGCAUUUCUGGCGCUUUCGGUGGUCUUUUUGCCUAUGCAAUUCAAACCAUGGGAACCAAAAGAGGCCUUGCGGCUUGGAGAUGGCUAUUCAUCGUCGAGUUCUGCGUUACUAUCUUCAUCGGUGGAAUUGGCUGGAUCUUUAUCCCCGAUUCGGCCGAAACGGCAUGGUAUCUUAGCGAAGAAGAGAAGGAGACCAUGCGUCUGAAGAGGAAGCGAGACUACCAUCUCCGAGGAGAUCAAAAGUUUGACUGGAAGUGGGCUAGGGAAUCACUGAAGGAUCCCUUUGUCUACCUCCUGGGCAUAGCUUUCUUCACUUCAUCGGUCGCAAUCAACGGCUUCGGUGUUUUCCUGCCUUCUAUCAUCAAUGGCCUCGGAUAUACUUCCCUUCAGGCUAACUACCUCACUAUCCCGGUCUAUGUUCUUGGUGCCAUCUCUCUUUUGACUCAGGUCUACUUUUCCGAUAAACUCAGGCGACGAAGCAUAUUUAUCAUCGGCUGCUGUGUUCCGGUUGCAGUCGGCUACCUGAUUUGUGUGGGAACAUCAGCCCCCGGUGCUGGUUACGCGGGAAUGUUUAUCCUCGUCGUCGGCCUCUAUCCGAUUUCCACGCUCGCUGUCACCUGGGCGACUAAUACCUUUGCGCCGGAUUCCAAACGUGCGAUUGCCAUGCCGAUGGUAUAUACGAUGGCCGAUAUUUCUUCGAUGGUAUCAUCACAACUAUACCCUAGCACACAAAAACCUCGAUAUAUCCAGGGUAAUGCGGUCUCUGCUGGUUUAACGUGUGUCGCUGGGCUCCUCUACACCGCCAGCUGGUAUCUUCUUAGGCGCAGAAACAUGAAGAAGGAGAAACUUCUUGCUGAAGGUGCAACUUCAAAUCAUAUGGAGGGAGAUAGGAGUCUCGAUACCAUGUACAUUCUUUAAGCGGCGGCAUUCUGCUGCAUUCUGCCAGAGAGAGACGAGAAGUAGUUUAGAGCGUUAAAGUGAUUUCCAUCAAUUCAGAAUUGACCGUGAC